AACCACCCCCCGGGCCUUCUCCCUCCCUCCCUCUCUCUCUCUCUCUCUCUCUCUCUCUCUCUCUCUCUGGUCUUUUAUUCACGUUUUAUUCUCUUGUUUUAGAGAAACAUAUAGCACUGCUCUCUCCAUUUUAUAAACACUACUUACCACCCUGAAUGGUUCCCCUCCUUUUUGGUACUUGUUCCUACCAUUACCUAAACCUCUCUCUCUCUCUCUCUCUCUCUCUCUCUCUCUCUCUCUCUCUCUCUCUCUCUUUCUCUCUCCCUUUCGGGGAGUUAAAGGAGGAGUUCAAUCUUCUAUGAGGAGAUAGAUGCGAUGGGGCUCAAGUCCUUAAGCCUCCAGAUGAUACCAUGGGGCUUCCACGUGGCGGGGGCCCGCUGCCGACCCAGCGGCGGUAUCCGGAGGAGCCCAGCUCCGGUACGACUGAUCGGCUCCGACGGCCGGGUACAGGUGUACCACCGGCCGGUGGCGGCGGCGGAGCUGAUGAAAGAAUACCCCCGUCACCUCGUCUGCCGCUCAGAUUCCUUCUUCAUCGGCCAGAAGGUGCCUGCCCUGGCCGCCUGCGAACACCUCCAGCCUGGCCAGAGCUACUUCCUCCUCCCUUCGCACUUCUUCCACUCCGUCCUCUCCUUCGUCACCUUUGCCUCCUCCUUCACCACCCUCAACCACCCCAACGGCAUCAAGAAGCAAGCCGUCAUAAGGCCGUUCGACGUCCAGAAGACGGCGGAGGGGACGCUCCAGAUAACGGUCUCCGACGAGUUCUUUCUUGUUGAUAAGGUUAAGCAAGAGGAGGAGGAGAAGAAUGGAAGAGGGGUUUGUACGACGGAGGCGUUGGAGAAGGAGUACCGGAGGUUAGUGAGGUGCCAGUCGGCGAAGUGGAGGCCGAAGCUGGAGACUAUAGGGGAGGCGGCGACUGAGAGGAGGAGAGGGGGGUGGAUCCGGAGGGGAGUCGUGGGGUUUGUGGGGUUGAGGAGGAGGAGGAAGAAGGGGCCCCACCGCACAUGAGACAAGGAUGGGGGUGUGUAAAGAGAAUAAAAAAUAAAAAAGAAAAAUAAAAAGAGAAGUGUAAUAAUGAAGGGCUGAGGACCUGAGGAGCUUUUGUUCAUUUUGUCCCUUUCGCCUUUUUUUUUUCCUUUUUAUUUUAAACAGUUGUAGUCUUGUAUAUGGUCUAAGUUGUAAAGCAACUGCAAGUUGAUGGACAACCAAUGGCUCAAACAAGGGCGCAGUUUAAUUCGAGAACAUUUAGCUUAGGUUUUGCGAGGUCUCCCUCGAACGGGAAAUUGCUAGAUGAAUCAGAUCGACUGUGAAAAUAGGAUGAAAUCAUUUAGAUGGAUUCAUUUCGUUGUAAAGAUGAAAUUAUUAGAUAGAUUUAUUUUAUACUA